UUUCUGUGGGCCAAAAGGCCCGAAAACCACAGAAAAACAACACAGAUUCUAAAAACCUCCACGUAUAUCUGAGCCGCCGAGGCGAGGAAAUUAUAUAAAAGCGAAGAAAUUUGAAAGCGUGUCAUUUACUACCGAGAUUCCCAAACAAAAAAAAACACUACAUUUUUGUCCAACUUGUUUUCUUUUAUACACGUUCUAACUCAGAGGGAAGAGAAGACGAAAGAUAAACAAAUAAUAAGGAUGUUGAAGAACAGAGUUAUAUUCCCUGCUGUGCUCUUCUAUGCACUUGUGCUGGUAUUGGGGCCAUUGUUCCAGUCGAGCUCAUUUGCAGUUGCCGCCCCAGAAAAUGACACGGAGAACUACGGCACCGUGAUUGGUAUCGAUUUGGGUACCACGUAUUCAUGUGUUGCUGUUAUGAGAAACGGUAAGACGGAGAUCCUUGCGAACGAGCAAGGUAACAGAAUCACACCUUCGUACGUUGCGUUCACCAACGAGGAGAGAUUGAUCGGUGACGCCGCUAAGAACCAGGCCGCCGCCAACCCUAGAAACACAGUCUUUGACAUCAAGAGAUUGAUUGGUUUGAAGUACUCUGACUCUACAGUUCAAAAGGAACUCAAGCACUUGCCAUACAAAGUUGUCGACAGAAACGGCCAACCUGCCGUCGAAGUUGAGUUUGGAGGCGAGGACAAGGUGUUCACACCAGAGGAAAUUUCCGCCAUGAUCUUGGGUAAGAUGAAGCAAAUCGCUGAAGAUUACUUGGGUAAGCCAGUCACCCACGCAGUUGUUACAGUCCCAGCUUACUUCAACGACGCUCAAAAACAAGCGACUAAGGAUGCCGGUGCAAUUGCUGGUUUGAACGUUCUGAGAAUUGUCAACGAACCAACCGCUGCAGCUAUUGCUUACGGUUUGGACAAGGAUGACGGUGAACAUCAAAUCAUCGUUUACGACUUGGGUGGUGGUACCUUCGAUGUCUCCCUCUUGUCUAUUGAAAAUGGUGUCUUUGAAGUUCUCGCAACUUCUGGUGACACCCACUUGGGUGGUGAGGAUUUCGACUUUAGAGUUGUUCGUCACUUGCAAAAGGUGUUCAAGAAGAAGCACAACAUCGACAUCAGUGAAAACACAAAGGCCACUGCAAAGUUGAAACGUGAAGUUGAAAAGGCAAAGAGAACAUUGUCCUCUCAAAUCUCCACCAGAGUUGAGAUUGACUCUUUCGUUGAUGGUAUUGACUUCUCUGAAACUUUGACCAGAGCUAAAUUCGAAGAACUUAACAUCAACUUGUUCAAGAAGACCUUGAAGCCUGUUGAACAGGUUUUGAAGGAUGCCGGUGUUAAGAAAUCUGAGGUUGACGAUGUUGUCCUUGUCGGUGGUUCAACCCGUAUUCCAAAGAUCCAAGAGUUGUUAGAGUCUUACUUUGACGGAAAGAAGGUUUCCAAGUCUAUUAACCCAGAUGAGGCUGUUGCAUACGGUGCUGCUGUCCAAGCUGGUGUCUUAUCCGGUGAAGAGGGUGUCGAUGACAUUGUUCUUUUGGAUGUCAACCCAUUGACCUUGGGUAUUGAGACCUCUGGCGGUGUCAUGACGGCUUUGAUCAAGAGAAACACUCCAAUUCCAACAAAGAAGUCUCAGAUCUUCUCAACAGCUGUUGACAACCAACCAACUGUCUUGAUUCAAGUCUACGAGGGUGAAAGAGCUAUGGCUAAGGAUAACAACUUAUUGGGUAAGUUCGAAUUGACCAACAUUCCAGCUGCUCCAAGAGGUGUUCCACAAAUUGAAGUUACUUUUGGUCUCGAUGCCAACGGUUUGAUCACUGUAUCAGCUGUUGAUAAGGGUACUGGUAAGGCUGAGUCCAUCACCAUCAAGAACGAACGUGGUAGAUUGUCUCAGGAUGAGAUUGACCGUAUGGUUGAAGAUGCCGAGAAGUAUGCUGCUCAAGAUGCCGCUUUCAAGAACAAGAUUGAAGCUAAGGUUAAACUAGAGAAUUACGCUUCUGCAUUGAAGAACCAGCUUAACGACGAGAGCAGUCUCGGUGGUAAGCUUGAUGAGGAUGACAAGGAAACUUUGUCAGAUGCCGUUAGCGAUGUCUUGGAAUGGUUGGAUGACAAUGACGAAGCUUCUGCUGAAGAAUUUGACGAGAAGUAUGAAAGUUUAAGUAAGAUUGCUCAACCAAUCACCUCUAAAUUGUACGGAGCUGCCGGUGCAGACGAAUUCGGUAAUGAUGAGGAUGAAGAUGAGGAUGAUGAUGACUACUUCCACGAUGAACUCUGAUUGAGAAACAAGCAUUCCAUAGACCAUUGUUUUUCCUUCAAGAUAUAUACAAAAAUCAUGAGAGGUUAUGAAUCUUUCUAUACUCUGAUUCACCCUUAAAACGUUUGUUACUAUGCACCUGAUGUGGUUUCUAUACCUGUUUAGUGUGUGUAUACUGCUGCAUUUUUUAAUAAAUUGUUAUUGCUACUUGAA